CGCCCGCCCGCCAUGGCCGGGGUCAGCUACGCGGCGCCCUGGUGGGUGAGCCUCUUGCACCGGCUGCCGCACUUCGACCUGCGGUGGGAGGCCACCAGCAGCCAAUUCCGGCCCGAGGACGCUGACUACCAGCAGGCGUUGCUGCUGCUGGGGGCCGCUGCCCUGGCCUGCCUGGCCCUAGACCUCCUUUUCCUGCUCUUCUAUUCCUUCUGGCUAUGCUGCCGGCGGAGGAAAACAGACGAGCACCUGGAUGCAGACUGCUGCUGCACCGCCUGGUGCGUCAUCAUCGCCACAUUGGUCUGCAGUGCGGGCAUCGCGGUGGGAUUCUACGGCAACGGGGAGACCAGCGAUGGCGUUCAUCGAGCCACCUACUCACUCCGCCAUGCCAACCGCACAGUGGCAGGGGUCCAGGACCGAGUGUGGGACACGGCUGCGGCCCUGAACCGCACAGCGGAGCCCAACCUCCAGAGCCUGGAGAAGCAGCUGGCUGGGCGACCAGAGCCGCUGAGGGCUGUGCAGCGGCUGCAGACCCUCCUGGGGACACUGCUGGGCUAUACUGCCGCCAUCCCCUUUUGGAGGAACCCCGGAGUGUCGCUGGAGGUGCUAGCUGAACAGGUGGACCUCUACGACUGGUACAGGUGGCUGGGGUACCUGGGCCUGCUGUUACUCGAUGUCAUCAUCUGCCUCCUAGUGCUGGUGGGCCUCAUCCGAAGCUCCAAGGGUAUCUUGGUUGGGGUCUGCUUGCUGGGUGUCUUGGCCCUGGUCAUCAGCUGGGGUGCAUUGGGCUUGGAGCUGGCCGUGUCUGUGGGCUCCAGCGACUUCUGCAUAGACCCUGACACCUUUGUGACCAAGAUGGUGGAGGAGUACUCAGUGCUGAGUGGGGACAUUUUGCAAUACUACUUGGCUUGCUCGCCCCGUGCCACCAACCCCUUCCAGCAGAAGCUGUCAGGCAGCCACAAGGCUCUCGUGGAAAUGCAAGAUGUCGUUGCCGAGCUGCUGAAGAAUGUCCCCCGGGAGCACCCAGCCACCAAGGAUCCCUUGCUCCGAGUCCAGGAGGUGCUCAACGGCACGGAGGUGAAUCUCCAACAUCUCACCGCCCUGGUGGACUGCCGCAGCUUGCACCUGGACUAUGUGCAGGCACUGACGGGCUUCUGCUACGAUGGUGUGGAGGGCCUCAUCUACCUGGCCCUCUUUUCCUUUGUCACAGCCCUCAUGUUCAGCUCCAUCGUCUGCAGCAUUCCACACACCUGGCAACAGAAGAGAGGCGCAGAUGAGGAUGGGGAAGAGGAGACGGCCCCAGGGCCGAGGCAGGCCCAUGACAGCCUUUACCGAGUGCACAUGCCCAGCCUGUACAGCUGCGGAAGCAGCUACGGCAGUGAAGCCAGCAUCCCAGCCGCCGCCCACACUGUCAGCAAUGCCCCGGUCACCGAGUACAUGAGCCAGAAUGCCAAUUUCCAGAAUCCCCGCUGUGAGAACACCCCCCUCAUUGGGCGCGAGUCCCCACCGCCCUCACGCUACCUGGCUGCCCUGGACUCUGGCAGCCAUGCAGGCUGGCAGUUUAAACCCAUGGACAGCGCCCGAACACUGUGGUAGCUGUACCCUCAGAGUGACAGUACACCUCCAGCAUGAGAGCCAAAUACCUCGCAACGAGCCAGCCUCGCCCCGACUCCAGCGGCAGCGGGCACUAGACCGCGCACCGGCCAGCCAUCUGCCCCCACGUGCCAAUUGCCCCACCCUUCCUAUGCCAGCACUGCUGCUUCUACCCUGCCGGACCCUCCACAAGCCACACCAGGCCAGCCCUAGGCACAUCUGAAGGCCCCCCCGCUAUACCCACACUGCAGGAGGCAUGGAGGUGCCCAGCAUGAGCUCCAGGCCAGCCUGAGAAGUGAGGCUUCUGGGGCACUCGCCUGGACAGACGCUGCCACCAGCAACCUGCCCCCGCCUGCCUCCGUCUCCCCUUGUCCUUCUGUCCUCUUGGGCUCCCUGAGCCCUGCUCUGUGCCAGGUGCUUCUACCCCACGUUCCUUCCACAGGUGACCCUUCACGCUGUCCCUUGCACUCUGGGCGCUCCCUCCCUCCAGCUGCACCAAGCCUUUCCUGGUACUGCCCUAGCUGCUGACACGUGAGGACCACUUCUCCAUUCACAGCCGGCGGACCCUGUGCCUGGCACCCACCUGCUCACCCCCGAAGGAUCCCUUUACACACUCUCGUCUUCGCAAUGUCCGGCGCCUGCCUUCCCUUAUCCACCCAGCUUACUUGGCUCUUCCUGUCGGUUCUGAGUUGCCUCUAGGGUGGGGCUCUUCCUACACCUCCUACCCACAGACUCCCUCAGCGCCCAGCCAGCCCUCCCCCGACAGCAGGUGCCAUGCAGAGCCCAGGUCACUCCCUCCCUGGCCUCUCAGUGCUGGCCACCUUCUUGGUGCCAAACCCUCUUUCCCUUUGUUCCCGGAGAGUGGCAGCUUCUUCGUCCCCUUUGUUUUUGCACUGACCACAUUUGUCAUCUCCAGGGCGGUCUGGGACAUAGGCGACGCAGGACACUGCCCACUUUCCUCUCAAUUUCGUUCUCACCCAGGACAAGCGGCAGUGCCCUCUGGAGCCCACCCUUGGGGGUCUGGACCUGUGAUGGCUGUGAAUGUGCCCCCAGCCUCAGAAGGCCCCCGCUGGGACUAACCACUAACCUCACUCUCAGCUGCCAUAGGCACUCCUGGCUGACCCUGAGCCAGCAAGCGUGACCCUAAGUCUAGCCUGGAGCCAGGGCUAGAAUGGUCAUUUCUUUGUGGGGUGCUGCCCGGGAGGGGCCAGACCCACAGGCUACUCAAAGGGCCUAGAGACCCCUCCCCAGGCAGGUGCUGCCCCAGGAGGAGCAUGUCCUGGAGACUGGGGACUGAGGUCUGUGUGGCCUCAGCCCCCCAACCCAGAACACCGCUUGCCUAAGGUGCUUUUGGCUUUAGUGUGUGACGUCUGCUGUGCUCCCUGCUGCAAGGGUCUGAAUUAGUUUCCAAAUCGGAACCUGGAGCCUCUCCCCGGCCCAGCCAGCCAGUAUGAGCUCUGGUCUGCGGGACAGGCAGCUACCAGCUAUGGGCCAGUGGAGCAGCAUGUGGUGGGAGGGGCAAGGCUGGGACCCUGUGGUAGUUGGUUUACAGACCUGUGGCCCUCCUGGAGCAACCUGGCAGCUACGGAUCCCAGAACCCCCUGGGCUUCAGCUCCCUCCCCCCAGAGGGGAGAGGGUCUACAUUGCUUUCCUUCCCAAACAACCCCUUUGUUUGUGCUGGUGUCUGGGACCAAAAGGAGUGGGCAGAGGACUCAAAGGGCCUAGGGGUCCCAAUCUGGGCAUCUGUAGCUCCUAAGCUUGACAGAACCUCAAUGCAGGGGACCCUGCCCUUGGCUCCAACUGAUCUGGUGCCAGGAACCUCUAGGGCCAUAGAGGCCCAGCUGCAGCCAGUCUGCCCACUGUGGGUAUGUUCCUGGCCUAAGGUCCAGAGGGCGGUAUGGGGCACCCCUACUUGGGUGCCUGGGUGUGCCCUGGGGCCUCUCAGAAGCACAAAUGCUGCCCCUUGGCCGUGAGCUGGCCACAAGGUGAAUGUAUAUAGCAUGAGAGGCGGGCACUGCCCGGACGUGGCUGUGAACUUGUGCUGUCUUGGGAGUCCUGACCGUCAUGUGCGUGCGUGCCCUCAUCUGUGACGUUUCACUCACCGAGGCUGAAGAAAGGAAGCAAGGGGAAGUGAAAAGGGGGUUCUCAUCCUGACCUCCGCGGAGGAGACGGCUCCUACCACUGUGGUUUGUUUCAUUUCGUUUCCUGAUUUCUGGGGUGCCACUUACCUAUUCAAUCCCAGUGGUCCCCCCACAUCCCCAAGGGGUAAGCAGUCCAGUGCCAGCUGCCUGUGAUUGGUCCCCAGUUCUCUUACCCAAGGGGACACUACAGUUCUGGUGGGUAACAAGGAGGGCUGAGCCACCCAAUGGAAGGAAGCCAGAUCCCUAGCCCAGCCCGGAGCAGGGGUGUGACUGGGAAAGCUGAUAGGACUGAAGGCUGCCACCCCAGCAAACGAGUUUAUGUGAGCAGUGGGAGAUCCUGGCCUGGAGCAUCCUUCAAGCCCUUUUCCCAGUGCCCGCCCUCCCACCCUAUAUCACUAUGCAAUUCCUGACCCUAGCUCCAAUGUCUGCCCUACCAGGUCCCAGCUCUGCCGGGCCCAGAAGGUGGAUGGUUAGCUCCUGGGCCACAGGUGACCAGGGUCUCUUUCUUUGUUUUUAAUCACAAGAGCGGUGUUCUGCACACUUCCUCCUGUAUAUGAUUUUGAGACAUUUGCCUCCCAGUUACUUCCCUCUGCCUGCAUCUGCCCCCAGUGGACAAUGUCAUCUGAAUCGAGCCAGCCCCAAGUUCCCCUCCAGCCUCCGUAGGGCCAUGGCUGUGUGUUACUGUUGCUGUGCUUUCAUUUUUAAACUGGGUUUGGGGUUUGAUUUUUAUUUUCUUUGGGGAACUUUAUUUUUCUUGGCAAAUAACUAAAGUUCUUGUCCAUGUAAUUUCUGUGGUCUCUAUUCAGCUUGAGUUUCAUGUUUUAAAAUAAACAAUUUUAAAAAACA